AUGAUGGUGCUUUCUAAGAUAGAUCAGAUUCAAGCCCAUGCUCAGAUUUUGGGGUUGAAUAAUAACUUCAAUAGACAAGAAAUGGAGGCCCAAGAUCUCUCCUUGGUGAAAAGUUCUAUUCCCAAAUUGGUGGAUGAUUAUAUGAAUACCUUGCUUACUAUGCUUCCUUCUUUGGAUGAGAUAAAAUAUGCAUUUUUCUCCCUUAAUUGUGACAGUGUGCCUGGUCCCGAUGGUUUCGGAGCAACGUUCUUUUGA